UGAAUUGCUGUGCUCUUCCAGCACCACUGAUCCAGAAUCCACACCUUUGCCAAAUGCUGACCACCUCCAAUCCAAAGGAAUAAAAUAGUCACCUGUUGACAUUCAACAGUUGCACUUUUCCUCAUUAUCAACACCUUUAGAGCUACCAUUGAUGAGAAUCAAUAUUAGAGGGCAGCAAUUCUCUUCCUAUUUCUGAAAUAGCCAUCUACCACCCAUAAGGCAGACAGCAGGAGUGUGAUUAAAUAUUUCUCACUUGCAUAAGUACAGCUCCUAUGACACUCAAGAAGCUUUCCAUCUCCUGCCUGCAUGAUUGCCCCUUUUCACUACUUUCAUCGCUGGCACAAAUUUAGUCCCUUCUAAACCUGGUCCCACCUAAAAGAACAGGGCAAUAGGUUCGUGGGAUCACUGCAAAUUCUGUAAAACCCACGCCAUCCGAUUAAGAAAUAUAUUAUCCCUUACAGCAUUAAGGUGUCCCUUCAUCCUGAGGACUGAAGCCAUUCAAGAAGAUAGCUCUUCACCGCCAACAAUUCAAGGUGAACUAGGAAUGGGGAAUAAAUGCUGGACCAGCUGGUCUCUCUCACAUCCCACAGACAAAUGUGGAUAAGUAGUUGUGAUCUAGAAUAUUCUGUAUGAAAGAGUGGUGAAGAGAGAUUCAAUAGUAGUUUUCAGAAAGGAAUGUAUAGGUCUUUGGAGGGGUGGCACUAAAGAGUGAAAUAGGCAGGGUAGGUUUGAUGGGCCGAAUGGCCUUUGUGCCUGGGAAUCGCUGAUGCUCUGCAGCUCAUUGUGGGAUUGACACCAGUGGGCAGUCCUCCUGACACUAGGGGGCAGUCCUCCUCACACCGGGGCUGACGACCUGAGGUUCCUCUUGCAGCCUCACCGGUAUCAUUGGCGUUCCCGACGUGGACCAAUAGACGAGCCAGAUCCCACCAUCCGCCCGCCCCCCCCUCGGGGUGGGCCAAUCGGCGAGAGAGGCGCCGGUGGAUCGGUGGUGACGUGGACCAAUCGGUGGUCGCCGCGUUCUUGAGGGGCUUGAUCCCGGAGCCGGUGAGGGAGCGCGAGGGAGAGACGGACAGAGACAGAGAGACCGGGUGAACCUUUACAAUGGGUAGCAAGAUGGAACUGUCAGUUUGGAUGAUGUUAUGUUUCACCCUCGCACACGUGGUCUUACACACUGAUUCGGUAGCAGUGAUGUCCGUGGAUUUGGGCAGUGAAUGGAUGAAGAUUGCCAUUGUGAAGCCAGGAGUGCCCAUGGAGAUUGUCUUAAACAAAGAAUCGAGGAGGAAAACUCCAGUUGCUGUUGCUUUAAAAGAAAAUGAGCGACUCUUUGGGGACAGUGCAAUAGCCAUGGCGGCAAAGAACCCCAAAGUCGUGGCUCGCUACUUGCAGGAUCUACUUGGGAAGCGAAUGGAAAACCCACAGGUGGAGCUGUACAGGAAGCGUUUCCCUGAACAUCAGCUGGUGGCAGCUGAUCAACGGGGGACAGUGAUAUUCAAAUUUUCAGAUGAAUUGUAUUAUUCCCCUGAGGAGAUCCUAGGGAUGGUACUGAAUUACUCAAGAACCUUGGCUCAGGACUUUGCAGAGCAGCCUAUUAAGGACCUCGUAAUCACUGUGCCAGCAUACUUCAAUCAGGCAGAGAGGCGGGCGGUCAUACAUGCUGCUCAGAUGGUGGGUCUGAAGGUCCUUCAACUCAUCAAUGAUAACACAGCUGUGGCCUUGAACUAUGGUGUGUUUCGGAGGAAGGACAUUAACGCCACAGCCCAGAACGUGAUGUUUUUUGACAUGGGUUCAACCAGCACCACUGCCACUGUUGUAACUUAUGUAACAACUAAAACAAAGGAUUCGGGAACGCAGCCCCAGCUCCAGAUUCGAGGGACCGGGUUUGAUCGGAAUCUAGGUGGUUUUGAGAUGGAACUUCGUCUGCAGGAUUACCUAGCAGAUCUCUUUAACGCUCAGAAGAAGACUCCCAAAGAUGUCCGCCAGCACCCACGAGCGAUGGCGAAGUUGUGGAAGGAAGCAAAUCGUGUGAAAACAAUAUUGAGUGCGAAUGUAGAUCAUAUGGCACAGAUUGAGGGACUGCUUGAUGACAUUGACUUCAAGGCCAAAGUAACAAGGCAGAAGUUUGAGGAGCUGUGCAGUGAUCUUUUUGAGAGAGUUGCAGAACCUGUACAUCAAGCUUUAAAAGCGGCUGAGUUGAAAAUGGAAGACAUUGAUUAUGUGAUCCUGGUGGGCGGAGCAACACGUGUUCCCAAAGUGCAGGAGUUCUUGCUGAAAGCUAUUGGAAAGAAGGAGUUGGGAAAGAAUAUAAAUGCAGAUGAGGCGGCAGCAAUGGGAGCAGUGUAUCAGGCUGCAGCUCUCAGUAAAGCCUUCAAAGUCAAGCCCUUCUUUAUUCGUGAUGCAGCCAUUUAUCCCAUUCAGGUUGAAUUUACACGAGCAAUUGAAGAGGAUGGUGUGAAAAGCAUUAAACACAACAAACGUGUGCUAUUCCAGAGAAUGUCUCCAUAUCCUCAACGCAAAGUGAUCACCUUCAACCGCUACUCCGAUGACUUUGAGUUCUUUGUGAAUUAUGGGGAUUUGAACUUCCUCAGUGACAGUGAUCUCAGUAUCUUUGGAUCAUUAAACUUGAGCACGGUUCAAUUGAGUGGCAUCGGUUCAAGUUUUCAGAAGCAUUCAGAUAGCGAAUCUAAAGGGAUUAAGGCCCAUUUUAACAUGGACGAAAGUGGAAUACUGUCACUGGACAGAGUGGAAGCUGUGUUCGAGAGGGUGCAGGAUGGGGAACCUGAGGAAGAAUCCACCCUGACUAAGCUCGGGAACACCAUUUCUAGUUUGUUUGGAGGUGGAAGCUCUGAAACAGAUGGGAAGGAGAACUUGACUGAAGCUGUGCAGGAUGAAGAGGAGGCUACAAGUAAAACUGAGAAGGACUAUCAGGAAGAACCAGAAACUGCAAAAGAGAAGGGAAUUCCCACUGAGGAGAGCAGCAAGUCUGAGGAGCAAAGCAAAGCAGAACCUAAUGAAGAGAAAGGAGAUCAACCUGAACCAGGAGAGGACACGGCCAAAACAGGGACACCCGAAACUCUGGAUAAAAAAGUCGAGGAUGUUGGGAAAGCGGACAUGAAAGAUCCAGAAUCGAAUAAAACUGAGGAGGUUAAAAAGCCAAAAGGACCCAAAAGGCUGAAGAUUAGUGAGAAUGUGACUGUGGCAUUGGAAAUCCAGGACCUGCCAGAUCUGUCACAAGAGGAAAUGAGCAAGUCUCAAAAAAAGCUUCAGGAUCUUACAGACAGAGACCUCCAAAAACAAGAGCAUGAAAAGAUGGCCAAUUCAUUAGAAGCUUUCAUCUUUGAAACACAGGACAAGCUGUACCAGGAUGAGUAUCAGGCAGUUUCAACACAAGAUGAGCGUGACCAAAUCUCGACUAAACUCAGCGAGGUCUCAAACUGGCUGGAUGAGGAUGGUUAUGCUGCCAGCACGCAGGAACUAAAAACGAAGCUCUCUGAGUUACGGAAGAUGUGCAAAGAACUCUUCUUCAAAGUAGAAGAGAGGAGGAAGUGGCCGGAUCGCCUUGCUGCACUGGAUAGCAUGCUCAAUCACUCCACUAUCUUCCUCAAGGGUGCUCGACUCAUUCCGGAAGCUGAUCAGAUUUUCACAGAAGUGGAGUUAAACACACUGGAAAAGGUCAUCACUGAGACAACUAAAUGGAAAAAUGAGACUGUGGAAGAGCAGAAUAAGCUGCCGUCCACCCAGAAACCCAUCCUCCUUGCCAAGGACAUUGAGGCAAAGCUUGGUCUACUAGACCGAGAAGUAAAAUACUUACUAAACAAAGCAAAAUUCGCCAAACCCAAGCUCCGGAAAGAGAAGAACACAACACAAGAGAUGAAAAAUACAACAACCGAAGACCAGAACACAACUGCUGAUAGUGAGAACAUUAUACCACCCACAAGAGAGACAGGGGAAGACACAGAGCAUGUAGAGGUGGUGAAACCUGGCGAGGCUCCACCUACAGUAAACAAAGAUCAAACCACCGUUGAGGAUGAUGAGGCAGAGAUACCAGAGGCAGAUGUAUUAGAGUCCAGUAAAGGUACAGCUGAGGGAACACUAGAAAGCAACUCAGACAAACACCCUCCAGAUGAAUUGUAACUGCUCCUGGCUGCUGCACCGGUUCUAUUUAUAUUACAUUACUUUUUAUGUAAUGGACCAGUCUGCCAUAAUUUAACAGAACGACGAUGUGUGAUUGAGAGUAGAGGUGUACAUUUCACUUUUUUUUAAAAACAAAACUGGAUUUUCCUGUGACAGACUUUGUUGGAUAAUUCUACUUGUAAAACCAAGUACAGUUCAAGUUUAAACUGCAUUGUGACCAGCAGGAGGCAGUGUUUGCAGCAAGAGGUUGACGUUCAAAGGGAUUUAAAAGCUUCAAGUUAUUGGAAGCCAAGUAUUUUUGUUCCUUGUGUGUCUUCUCCCUUCGAUUGUUAUGGUUUUUAUUUAGUUAAUGAAUGGUUAUGAAUGAACUUAUUGCACUGAAUUGAAGUAUGUUCAUUUUGCUUUAGUGUCUGCUUAGGGUAAGUUGAAUCUAUUAAAUCAAACUUUUAACAGCCCUAGUGCUCGAUACUCGGCUUUAAAAAUAAGUCGACAGAACCAUGAUAAGAUUGGUCUGUGAAAUGUUAGUGCAGGGGCAUGUCAACUCAUUAGAGUGUACUACAUCCCUGUCUUCAUACAGCCACUGUCAUGUGCAGAAUGUGUACAAGUACCUGGGCAAAGUUCUUUUUCUCUGCCUCCUGUAAAACUGCUCUGCUUUUUGUAGUCUCGAAUGUCCCCGGCUGCUACAGGUGUGCCCCAUCACCAACCAGCAGUUGCUGAUAGCAGUUGUUUCAUGAAAUGUAGGGGCCAGGAGUGUUGUCACUGGUGUCCCCAGUUCAGAAUCGGCCAUGUGUAAUGCGACACUAGUUUCUGUGAAAACUCUUGCAACAUGGACAGACUGAAAUGACUGAAUUAAUCUUGAGUGGUUUGGGCACCUGCAUGAAUUUACUUGAUGGGAAAGGAGUUUGUUAUGACUUUGCAUCCUGUUCUAAAUAUUUCCCACAAAACCCCGGUUUUUAACUCCAGUUCCUCUUGUGCGUUGUAGUCAGGCUCAAAAUCAAUCCAGUGCUUCAGUCAUCGGAGCUUCUAUCAUUAAUAAUUUUAUUCUUAAAAAUUGCUUAAAAAUGUGGAAUGAACCACUCAUGCAGACUGUAGCUGUAUUGUGUCCAGGGCAGUUAGAAAAUGGAUAUCAGGCCCCAAGUUGUCAGCAGGGAAUCACAGGCAAGACUGUAUUCAAACAUGUUACAUGGCACAGAGAUGGUAACAUUGCUUAAACUUCAUGGUUUAUUGUCAAACCCUAUGUGAUGUUCUCCAAUCUAAUUGCUGCACCAUAGGUAAUACACUGGCCUUUGAGUUAUUUUCCUAGAUAUCGGACAUUUCAGUUUUGUUUCUGGAACUGAAUGCAGACAGUGGCACUCUGCAAAUGCUCACUAGCUCAAUGACAUUGAGAAGUUGCUGCUCCAGAGGGACUGCCAGAGUGUAAUGUCGAAGCUGGCUAUCUCUCUGUAAAAUGAACCACUCCCCAUCCAUUUGAUAUUAAACAUCAUGCCAGAGAAGUUUGCUCUGUGUUUUGCUCCCAAUUUUAAGCCUGCCUCCUGCAAGUCACUAGCCAUUCUCAUCAGUCUGCUUCUGCUGUGUUUUUCUUUGUUUAGUGACUGUCUACUUGGUUUGAGUACACACUCCGAGGUUAGCUACUGGACUGGCAACUGAUCUUAAGGAGUGAGGGGUUUUCUUAAAACUGUAUAUAGUUUGCUGAGCAAAGUGAGAGUAGAGCCUGAUUUCCAGUUUAAUUUUAGGGAAAUGUGGGUCUCUGCAUGUUACCCAAGACUCAUUCAGUGAGUCGCACAAAGAUUGUUACAGGGUUUUGGACUGGCCUGUACUGAAGCUUCAGCAAAUUAAUGGUUGUAUUGUCGUUCCGUUAUUGAGUAGGAUUCCCUCUGUUGGAGUGAGUUUUUUUUUCUUUUGAAUAUCUAAUUUAAAAAGUAGAUUUCAACAAAAUAAAUUUCUAAUCUAAUAAUGAGUUCGGUCCAGCAGCCAAUGGAGGUGUUGAGAGGUACAAAUGAAUGUUGGGACUUGAUGUGAAAAGGGACCAGGUUUCUAUCUGUGCGUUUGGUUACUGGUCUUUGUCUGAUGUUGAGAAUGUGCACCAUGUGGUGUGGAUCAGGGUCUUUUUCUGCACUUACAAUCCCUCAAAAUAAAGCAGCCAGACUCACUAAGACUCUACUGUGUCCCUACCAGUUGUGUUUAUCUGCUCUGUUGUUCCCUCUGUCCAAUAAAAUGUUGAUAUAUUUUUCUGAAUUUGUCAUCAGCUGACUGUGUGUCCUGGGCCUUCUGUUUCUAUCUAAGCUUAGCUCAAGUGCUAUGUAAGUGAGACUGCUCUCAAUCUUACACCUUUACUUUCUAACAAUCUUCACCCUGCCCUCCUCAAAAAGAGCUGUCAGACCUUUAGGGGAUUGGAUGUGUAACUCCUCUUCCUAAACCCACGUGGAGAUACCAUGUUGGGAGAGGCAGGUUUAGUGUCUGCUGGUCAACCUGCUGUGUUACUUUUGCUUCAGGAAUUUUCUUGUGUGCAGAGUCAUCAAUCGGUUGGGAAUUUUCUGAGUAGAAGUUAUUAGUUCUUUCUCAAACAUAAGCUGCCUUUAAAUUGGCUUCAGUAUUACAACGAGAACCUCGUUGAAUUUCCCACUUUGCGUUUGAUUUACCUCUUGUCUUGGAUUGUGAUUUUUAAAAAUUUGUACUAAAAUGGGUAAGGAUGAACUGUAUUGUUUCUCAUUACUGACCAUGAAUUCCUCCACUAACAGCUGGCAAUGAGUGAUCCUUAUAGCCCAGCAUUAACUUUCACACAGCUCCACCUAAUGACUGGUUCUUCCUUCAAUGCUCUUCAUUCUGUUACUGUGUAAGUGAACACAUCUCAACUGUCAGGGGAAAUAAAUUUGACCAGGAGAUUGAGAACAAGGCACAUGUAGGGAUAGCCCGUUUACUUCAUCCGUCCAAAAUGUUAACGUUUGAUCUCACUGUUAAACCAUUAAGCACACACACCUAUAUUGCGGUCUCUGUUUUAAAUCCUUGUUCAGGUGUUCAUCCCAACUUUGGAUCACGAGUACAGCGUGAAGACUAUAUUGCUGCUUUAUGUAAAGUAUUUUCUGAAUGUAAAAUAAGUUUCUGUUGAGUCAGGAAGAGAAUGAGACACUUGUUGCUUUUCAGACUUGUUCUGCCAGGUAUGGUGAGCCAAUGGGCAGCAUCAUGGUCAGCUACUCUUCUCUCAAAGUUGUGACUUAGGGGACUCCUCAUACCAGGAAAUCUGUCUGGGGAAGGAGGGAUUAUUCUGAUCACUUAUGUAAACUCGUACUAAGCUUACGGUAAUGUGCCAUCUAAAGGGCUCCAGUCUAAUGGAGCAAUUGUCCUAUUAAUAAAAUUCAACUUAAUUUUUUUAAAACUUAA